UUAGAUUUGCGUUGCGUUCAUCAGUCGUAUACUCGUCGUCAUCGCGCUCGUGUGUCACCCAUUACGAUCAUCCCAGGUGGUUUCCUGCGAUGCGUCUCUUUUGCUUAAUCGCUCUUCUAGGUUUGCAAGCAUCCAAAGCAUCUCAGUGGGGAUAUUCGGGCAAAUAUGGACCAGAAAAUUGGCCAGGAAUAUGUAUGACAGGAAAGAAGCAAUCGCCGAUUGACAUCGUGACGGAAGAUGCUAUAAGAGUUGAUCUCGGUGCUCUUAAAUUCCACCGAUAUGACUUCGCUUUUCCUAGUACGAUGAUUAACACUGGACAUUCCGUGCAAAUACUAUUUCAUGGUGUACCACUUCAUCUCAGUGGCGGAAGUCUAUCAUCAAUGUUUGUUUUGGAGCAAAUGCACUUUCAUUGGAGUGCAGAGCAUACUGUGGACGGUUUACGUGAUCCACUAGAGUUACAUCUAGUGCAUUAUGAUAUAAAGUAUACAAAUUUUAGCGUAGCCUUGCAACAUAAAUACGGGAUUGCUGUGGUUGCUGUUCUAUUUGAGUUGAGCAGUGAUGAUAAUCCAGAUCUGUCGCCCAUUGUAGAUGCAACAAAGUUGGUAUCAAAUUGGGUGGGACAUAAUAUGAUACACGUAAGGAAUAAGCUGAUACCUUUAUUGUUCCUACCAAAGGAUCAUACUACGUAUUACAAUUACGAAGGAUCUUUAACUACACCCGCAUGCCAGGAAGAUGUAUUGUGGUUUGUUAUGACUGAGAAGCUUAAAGUGUCGGAAACACAGAUGGACGUAUUUAGACAAAUGGAUGGCAGUAAUGGUACACUGAAGUUCAAUUACAGACCAAUUCAAAAGCUCGGGGACAGAAGAGUGUACCAUCGUCUAGAGGGAUAUAUUAACACGUCGUCGAAUAUUACCUGGAGUGUCUCUACAGUUCUUAUCAUUCUUCUAGUCAGAUUUUUAGUAUAAAAUAAAAAUAAGCGCCAAAUCAGACUUUAUGUUAUAACACGUACAACGUGAUAUGACAACUGUUAUAUGUGAUAUAAUUUAUUGCACUGCUUUGAAAAGUAAGAUGUGCAUUUAUGAAGAUCGUUUGAAAAGUUUUGAGCCUUAACAUAAAAAUGGCAUUACUUGUCAAAACUAUUUUGGUACUACAAUCGUACAUGUUUUGCAAAAUACCUGUGAAAAUUGUAGCCAUUUUGGAUGCUCAGUUGUUGUUUGAGAGUAAUUUGUGCCAAUCAAUGUCAAUGUUUUUGUAAAAAUGGAAAAAAAUCGAAUAAAAUGAAAUAUCGA